AUGUCUCGUCGUCCAGUUAUCGCCAUCGCCGGUUUGGCCUGCGAAACAUCAACUUUCACGCCGUCGAGGACCCUCGCACCGGCAUUUCACCCCCGGCGUGGCACAGAGAUCAUAGACAAAUACCCCUUCAUUCAAGCUGGUACACUGCUAGGCGAUGCUGUUGAGUGGCGCGGUGCACUCAUUGGCCAUGCCUUACCAGGUGGUAUCGUGACUAGAGAUGCCUUUGAGUCGCUCUCUUCGGAGAUACUCAGCCGUCUUACAGAGAUAGUGGCUACAGUUAAACUUGACGGGUUUUGGUUCGAUAUACACGGUGCGAUGUGUGUCGAGGGGCUCGACGAUGCAGAAUACGAAUUACUAAGGCGCUGCCGCGAAGUCAUCGGUUCUGAUGUUUUAGUAUCGGCGUCGAUGGACCUGCACGGUAACAUCUCACGGGAACUAGCGCAUCAAACGGAUCUAAUUACUUGCUACCGCACGGCACCUCAUGUAGAUGUUGCGGAAACAAAAGAGAGGGCUUGCAGGAACUUGCUUAAGCUGCUUCGGCGACGAGCGAAUGGCGAGGAAACUAUCCGCCCGUUCAAGGCUUGGGUUCCGAUUCCGAUUCUACUCCCUGGCGAACAGACUUCCACGAGGGAUGAGCCGGCUACACAUAUCUACGCCGCGGUGCCUGAGGUUGAGGCUACGGAAGGGGUAUUGGAUGCGGCUAUAUGGGUUGGCUACGCUUGGGCUGACGAGCCAAGAAACCGCGCUGCAGUUGUAGUAACCGGUUGGAACAGAGAGGCGACUACUAAGGGUGCAGAGCGGCUAGCACGGCUAUUUUGGGAUUCGCAUAAGGACUUUACCUUCGUUGCACCAACGGGGUCAUUUAAUGAAUGUUUAGACACAGCAUUGGCAUCGGAUAAGCGCCCGUAUUUUAUUUCAGACUCGGGCGACAAUCCUACGGCCGGAGGUUCUGGAGAUGUGACAUGGGGCUUAACGCAGCUCCUCGCGCGUUCGGAAUUUAAGUCGGAAUCAGGCCUGAAAGUCAUCUAUGCUAGUGUACCGGGCCCCGAAGCAGUCCAAAAGGCGGUCGAAGCGGGCGUAGGGGCGACUGUGACGGUGACAGUUGGGGCAGAAGUAGAUGAUAUUCAUGCUGGACCUAUCACUAUGACAGGACGGGUGCAUUCGAUAAAACAUGGCGACAGCCACGCAGAGAUUGAGAUCGUGCUGCAGGUUGGUAGCGUCUUCGCGAUCCUGACUAAACUGCGUAAACCGUACCACCAUGAAAGCGAUUUUACGGAAUUAAACCUCGUACCCCGGUCCGCAGAUAUCGUCAUCGUCAAGAUAGGAUACUUAGAGCCGGAAUUAUAUGAUAUGGCUGACGAUUGGAUGCUUGGUCUUACGCCUGGUGGUGUUGACCAAGAUCUAGAACGAUUAGGACAUAAGCGGAUCAGUCGUCCGAUGUGGCCAUUCGACCGCCAGUUUGAGGACCCUGACCUUUCUGCAAGGUUGAUUUCAAUGUCUAAUGAGCCAUUAUAG